AGUCGCAGUCGACGAACGACAGUCGCGUCUCGUAGAUUUGGGGAAACCUUGAAAUGGAUUCUUCUGUCACUGAUCAGGGGUUUUCUGUGCGAAACGUCCAUAGUAGCGAGUUUCUUUAUUCCCGGAAAAUGGAUUGUGCCUAAAUACGCGUUCAUCAGUAAAACUAACAGCCACACGUGUUGAUUUGAAUUGAAGUGUGUGCGGAGCCAUAAUCAUAAACAUGGUUUACUAAAGCUAUGCGUAAUGCGUCGCGUAGUAUGUACGACGUAGAUGUGUGGAAGCGUAAACAUUCUCAUGGUUUUGGGUGUUGGUCGUGGUCGGCAGACGAAAUGUGUUUGCCUCCAAACGUUGUUAAGUUUUGUGAUGAUUUCGAAUGCUCAUCGACACUGGACACUGUUAUCGGUAUUCAAAGUGAAUAUCGUUUUGGUUUAUUCGCCAAUUCCGUUGAAUGGGUGAAAGCAAAACUCAGCCAAUAUGGAAAACAUUGCCACAACUGUCCCCAUUCAUACGGAUCGCAAUUUCGAUCGGAAAACGUCCCUUCCACUUCAGUUUUCUCUGAAUAAUGAUGCUGCCAUCCUACAAAACUCACCGGCUACUGCAAAUGGUCGAUUCAACUGGAAAGAACUGGCGACCUUUCGAACCGCCCUCAAACUAGGACAAAACAUAUCAGCCAUUUUAAUUCUGUUAUUUGUCCUAUCGAAAAGUCGUUAUUAUGGAGCCGCCCUUGGCACUCAGCUUGAAGUGUCUUACAUUUUCCUCGCUAUCAAUUCGCUGAUCGGAACGGUGCUUCUAAUGGGCGAUGCACUAAUUAAAACUCACCCUCUUCGUCGAGCAUUUAGUUCGGUGCUGUGGUUUAGGGUGGAGCUUUGGUUCAACGGGCUGACGGCAGCUGCCUACUACAUAUUGGGAUACUGCAUGCUGGUCGAUGGGUUUCGCUACUAUGAAAUUGGUAACAACAGACUGGCGGCUAUUUUUGGCUUUAUCGCAGCAUUGCUGCAUCUGGUGGAUUGGUGGAUGAGCUUUAGCAAGCGGCGUGAUACCAUUAGGAGGCUAGAGAACGAGAAAGGCGGAGCUGCGCAGGAAAAUGUGGUUUAACCAAGAUGACACUAUCGCCUGGAGAAUUAAAUUAAAUGUAAUGAAAUGAAUCAAAUUGAUGAUUUUCCAAAGACUAGGCCUAAUAAUGUUCUGUAAUGUGUGCAUAAUGAAUUAAAAACAUCUUUGAUCACAAAAGAUCCAAUUUACGAGAUGUAGAUUGCACCAAAUUUUGAGUACUGUAAAACGAGUGAAGAGUAAAAGCAAAUCCUAUUUCAUUAGAAUGUGUGAAAUCACUCGUUUUUUCAACUCGAUUAUGUCAGCCCUGCUCGCUUAGCUUCUUCUAUAAUGGCUCUACAUUUCAACUGGAACUUGGCCUGCUUUUCGCCAAGCGAAUAAACAUCAAAUUGAUUGGUUUCGACAAGCAGUGGACUGCGGGCUUAACUCUGACUGCUUCUGAGAUAUUCAACACAAUUGUAAAUUACAUAUAUACUAGCGCCGCUAAGCGGAUGAACUCUAAAUUCGAUAUUUAACGAAAUGAUUUAGAUACGAAAAUUAUUUUAAGCUUUUAGUGUAAUGUAUCUACUUGUCAUAAGACGAGUUUGUACAAUUCCAUUUAUUUCCACUACUUAAUUGUACCUUUGACAGACACGUUUUCUACCUCAACAGAAAGGUUGUCUUCAGUGUCUCGUACUUGAGUCGAGUCAAGUGCGAGCCACUGAAGACGACCUUACUGUUGAGGUCGAAAUAUGUUUCUGUCAAAGGUACAAUAAAGUAGUGGAAUUAAAAGGAAUUGUAGAAAUUCGUCUUAUGACAAGUAAAAUGAUUUAGAUAGACAGGUCAAUUUAUAUUAGAAAAUAAAUGUGAAAUUAUGUAUAUCAACAUCAACAGUCCUGU